GGGGGAGAGAGGUCUUCAGGGCCUUGGCCUUUGGAAAUGGGUGGGUGCUGGGGGUGUCUGCUGAUUUAGUUAAAAUGGGAAAUCGAAAGCUCUGAGGGCCCCCAGAAGGCCUCCUCUUCCCUUUUCAAAAGCUACUUGAGAGCAAACUGGAAAGUCCCAACCCCAAAGGCCCCCCAAGCCCUCUGACAAGAAGGGCAGCGAAGAGGCAAGAACUUCGGGGCCUUUUCCAGGUAAUCGACCCCAUGGAGAUGUUGAAGGCAGUGCUGGACCUGUACCUGAAGCACGACAGCGCACUGACCUAUGGCCUGGUGACCCUGCUCACGGCGGGUGGGGAGAAAAUCUUCUCGGCGGUGGUGUUCCAGUGCCCGUGCAACGCCACGUGGAACCUUCCCUAGGGCCUGGUGUUCCUGCUGAUGCCCGCGCUGGCGUUCUUCCUGCUGGGCUACAUGCUGAGCGCGCGCCUCAGCGCGGCCGCUGCGCUCGCGCCGCUCACCUGGAUCGCCGUGGCGCUGCUGGGCGGCUCCUUCUACCAGUGCGCCGCCAGCGGCAGCGCCUGGAUCGCGCAGCGCCUGUGCGCGAACCUCAGCGCCACCUGCGCGGAGCAGCUGCCGCUGGUACCCUGCAGCCAGGACGACGCCGCGAAGCUGAGCCUCCAGAGACAGCUCAGGGCGCAAUCUCAGGUGCUUGGCUGGGUCCUGAUAGCAGCUGUUAUUAUCUUCCUUCUGAUUUUUCUAUCUAUCCCCCGAUGCCUGUCGCCGGUUAGUUUUCUGCAGCUGAAAUUCUGGAAAAUCUAUUUGGAAAAGGAACAGCAGUUCUUGAAAAGUCAAGCGAUGGAGCAUGCAACUGAACUGGCAAAAGAAAACACUAGAUGUUUCUUUGAGUGUUCCCACCCAAAGAAAUACAAUACCCCAAGCACAAAAGCUUGGCAGCAGAUUUCAUUACUGUAUACUUUCAAUCCCAAGUACCAGUACUAUAGCAUGUUGCACAAAUACGUGAACAGACAAGAGGAUAGUAGCAAAUUCAGUGAUGGAGACACAGUGAUCGGUGUCCUUAACUUUGUAGAUUCCUCUGUUAUAAACAGUUCUGUUUUAUGAACUUAGAAAUGAAUAGAAAACGCGUUUUGAGUUAUUGCUUCAUUAAAAAUAUGUUAUUU